CAGAUGUUCAAAGAUGCUACACACCAGAUUUUGGUGCAUGAUGCUGGACACCAUGGAUAAGCUGCAGUACAAGGUGUCUGGGGUAUUUUAAAUGUCCAUGUUACAUUCUCAUUUAAUGCGUUAAAGACAACUAUUUAAAACCAUCCAGAAAGCCGAACGAGCAAUGCCGGUGUUAUCAGCGGCGCUAAUGUGACUGAAAGUUCCUCUGUGCGCGCAGUGGAUCACAAAACAUAAACCGUAAGGACUGCAGUUGAGAUUAAAAUGUACAGAGUGUGCAGGCCUCUUCCCUUUAGUGAGGGCUUUCUUAUUUAGAACACAAUGUGUUCUAAACCCUCCCCGUUGCCACUGACCUGAAGAGCAACAGAUUCUCCUGAUGGAACCUUUUUCUUUUUUUCUUUUAACUUCAGUCGUAAAUAGUUAAAUUAUUCUACGGGACUUUGGUCCAACCCCCCCCCUCCAACAAAUCUAUCAAAUGAGCUGCACCAACAGUUUGUCAAUAAGAACCUGCUGUCCGCACCGGCUGUUGUGCUCACUGGAGAUUUAAUUUAAAUCUCUCUAUUGUGCCACACAAUAGAUCACCUAUGAUGUAAUAACUACUGCACAUCAGGUACUUGCUGCUCUUCAAAUGACAACUAGAAACACUUCAGAAGGCCUCAAUAAAACCUAUUGUCGUCCUUAAUAUCUUCACCAUUACUCUGUUCGCUAAUUGUUCUGCUUACGGCUUUGAGCAAAGCAGUUCACAUGGCUGUAGACUUUUUUUUUUUUGUGUUCCUUUUGUUAAAGAAACCAAAUGAAACCAUCAGUUUGAGUCCGGGAUGAGCAGACUAAAUUAUGACACGUGGGAGGAGAGCAGGAGGUCAAGAGAUGGACGUAAGAGGAUAAGCUCCCACAUCAUCUCAGUCGGCUGCAUUAGAGGACCAGAAUCCUUCCCUACCUUAUUACUGUGUGUGUCAGCUGUACUGAUGUUGACAUUGUUUCUUAGUGAACAGGCAAGGAAACGUUUAAACACUUAAGUCCUUCUCCACUGUCUUGUGUGUGUGUGUGUGUGUAAACUACCAGCGAUGGACGUCUGAGAUGGUGUCGAGGAUUGCGAGGACGUGUCUUCCAGCGGUUUGAUUUGAGACCCGGGAGCGAGCGAGCCAUGCUGACCCACAUCCGAGCCCGGAGCAGGAGUUUGUUCCCGGGCUACAAGGCAGGAGGCCCGGAUCAAUCCGCCCAAGACGCGGCCGACUAUCUGCACUUCACCAACGCCUUUGUUAAGCCAUGGAACUCCAUGCAGGAUCUGGGCAGAGACAUCUACGACAUGUAUGCCGAGUACGAAAGCGAGGAGCUGGAGGACCAAUUGCCCGUGUCUCCCUCCCGCCUGCUGCUCUCUCCGCAAAAACACUUCACUCUCAACAUCAACGUGGGAGGAACGGUGUACUACUUGCCCUACAGGUUAGCAGCCAAGUACCCCAAGACGCGCAUCGGCCAGUUGGCCACGUACACGGACCACAGCAGGAAGCUGGACCUUUGUGACGACUACGUCGUCCAGAGCAAUGAGUUCUUCUUCGACAGGGACCCAAAAGUCUUCCACAACAUCUUCAACUUCUACAGGACCGGAGUGUUGUGCAUUAAAGACGACUUGUGUCCCCACAACUUCCUAGAGGAGAUAAACUACUGGGGAGUCCGAAUCCGAAACAGCCAGCGCUGCUGCCGCAUCUCCUUCGAAGAGAGGCAGGAUGAGCUCAACGAGCAGCUGAAGAUCCAGAGCGAGCUCAUAGCAGAGCUGGAGAUGGAGGAGAACGAGGUGCUGUUUGAUGGCUUGGCCUUCGGGCCGACCCGGAGGAACAUCUGGAACAUGAUGGAGAACCCGUUCUCCUCCGUCACCGCCAAGGUGAUGGCGGUCGCCUCCUCCAUGUUCGUGCUGGUCUCGCUGGUCACCAUGACGCUCAACACGGUGGAGGAGAUGCAGUACAAGACGGCGUCGGGCGAGCUCAGCAGCCGGUUCUACGGCGAGAACGUGGAGUCGUUCUGCAUCAGCUUCUUCACCCUGGAGUACCUGCUGCGCCUGGUUUCCACCCCCGAACUGAAGUGCUUCGCACGCAGCGUGCUGAACACCGUCGACCUGGUCGCCAUCCUGCCGCACUACCUGCAGCUGAUGCUGGAGUGCUUCGAGGACAAAGACAUGCACCUGCACUCGGGGGACAUCGAGGCCGUGUCACGUGUUGGAAAGCUGGGUCAGGUUCUGAGGAUCAUGCGUCUGAUGCGGAUCUUCCGGAUCUUGAAGCUGGCUCGUCACUCAACGGGCCUCCGAGCCUUCGGCUUCACGCUGAGACAGUGCUACCACCAGGUGGGCUGUUUGCUGCUCUUCAUCGCCAUGGGCAUCUUCAUGUUCUCCGCCAUGGUGUACACGGUGGAGCACGACGUGUACAACACCAACUUCACCUCCAUGCCGCACGCGUGGUGGUGGGCCGCAGUGAGUAUUUCCACAGUGGGCUACGGCGACGUCAUCCCCGAGACCAGCCUGGGCCGCGUCUUCGCCUUCGCCUGCAUCUCCUUCGGCGUCAUCCUCAACGGGAUGCCCAUCUCCAUCCUCUACAAUAAGUUCUCCGACUACUACACCAAGCUCAAGUCCCACGAGUACGCCGCCGUCACCAAGGCCCGCGGGAAGAUGCACUUCACCAAGAGGGCCGCCAAGAGGCUGGCCGAGUGCUACGAGGACGCCGCUCAGCCGAAGACAUCCCGCCUGCAGCGCAGCAGGUCGUAGCUUCACAAAGUCUGCUGUGGUGGUUUGUCAGGGAGGCGAUCAGGACAAUACCUGUAACAUUCUGUAGGUCGUUUCAACACGUGGACACUGCGCAGUCAGCGGUUUGUCCCCAACGCUCUGGAACUAUUUUAAUGUAAGGGGAGUAAAUGAAUCUGUGGGCUGUGGAGAAGAUUGAAAAAAAAGAUGUCUUUCCUGUCAUACUUAAGCUAUAUAGUUAUCCUUAUAUUCGUGUCAAUCUAUAAUAAAGCUGUCGGUGGCACUGACCUCUA